AGUGCUGUUCCAUCACUUAUGCUAUAAAUCAGCAAUAGUGUUUUUUAUGAAACUGCAAUAUAUUCAUUACUAUGGCAGACGAUUUACAAAAUUACAAAUGCCAAUUGCAGCAAGUCGAAGCUGCCUUGCAAACAGAUCCAAGGAAUGACGAACUCUUAAAAUUAAAGGACGAUCUAGAAGAGGUCAUCAAACUCACACGAGACUUGAUAAAAACACAAUUGGAAGAGCAGCGAAAAUCCUCGUACGUAGAACCAUCUUCCUCCAAAACAGCGUCGUCAAAUUACUUUGACGAAAUAGAAGCUGCUCUUUUAGAAGCUGAAAAAUUGGUAACAUCCGCCAAGGUAUGGAAAAUUGGAGACAAAUGCCAAGCGAAAUGGACAGAGGACGGUCAAUACUACGAUGCUACUAUCGAAGGUAUUACUGGAAAAGGUGAAGUGAGUGUCAUCUUCGAAGCUUACCAAAAUCGUUCUACCACUACUCUUAGUGAAUUGCGUGAGCGCACAACCCGCAAUGAAGUAUUUCCCUCGAAUAAGCGUCACCGACCAAAUCAAAAGGAAUAUUUAAAAAAACGAAAACAAAAAAAACAACAACGCUUCAAAGACUUGGAAGAAGAACGUGAGUCAGACAAAAAUAAGUGGCUUAGUUUUACGACUAAAAACCAAAAGAAACCAGGCAUGAAAGUGAACAGUAUAUUUGCAUCGCCGGAUAAUGUCAGUGGAAGAGUCGGUAUUGGUACAUGUGGAACGGCCGGCAAAGGUAUGACUGAUUUUACCGUUGGCGAAAAAUACCGGAAAGGUUUGUAGACUAAUAACACUUUGUAAGCAACAUAAUAAAUAAAUAAAACAAUUAAGUUUAUUGCUAGAUACACAAAA